AUGUCAACUCUAAAAGACAAGGAAAAGGCAGCCCGAACUCAGAGUGGUAAUGAGGUGGCCGGAGAGUCGCAGUCCAUCAACCUGCCCGUUGCUGAGGACGGCCACAUGGAAAGGCCUUUCACGACAUGGACGGCUAUCGGAAUCGCCCAUUCAAUCACGAACACAGCCAUGGGAAUACUUCUCACUGUGGGAACGACUGUCCCAUUUGGCGGCGCCCCGUUAUCCUUCUUCGGCUUCAUUCUCAUGGCCUUGGUGGGACUGAGCACGGCCACCAGUCUUGCUGAGCUUGCUUCCGCCAUUCCACAUCUUGGUGGGCAGUACGUCUGGGUGGCCCGUCUGUCUCCAGCAAGUCCACGAAGGUUCCUGUCGUAUGCGACAGCAAUAGCAAGCUGGGCCGGCGCGGUCUGCACAGGGGCAUCAGUCUGUCUUACUGUACCUCAGGUCACACUGGCCAUGGUAGCGAUGACCAGGCCUGACUUCGAAUACAAGCCUUGGAUGGGAUUUAUAGGGUACCACAUCAUCAACAUUCUGACAGCCUCUGUCAGCUGUUUCGAGCGGAUUCUUCCCCAGCUAGGAAGCGGGUGUCUCAUCUUCACGGUCCUGUCGAUUAUGGCUAUCGUGGUCAGCCUUUUUGCAGGUUCAACAGAACGAGUGACCUCGGAGCAAUUCUCCACGGACUACUACAACAUUUCUUGCUGGCCCAAAGGCGUUGCAUUCAUCAUUGGUAUCAACGGCCUGAACUGGAGCUUCUCCUGUCUGGACGCAGUGGUGCACAUUGCCGAGGAAAUCCCUCAGCCAAGCAAAAAUAUCCCCAAGGCACUUGUGUGGACUAUUGCUGUCGGCUUCACUACCGGCCGGCAUGCUUACUAUUUUGGCACUAACAAACACGCCGCAUUCGGUCUCCAGUCCCUUCUCCUUGUUUCUACCACAGGGGCCAUGUUUGGCGUCCAGACCUGGCAAUCCAGGCUGACCUGGGCUUUCGCACGAAGCAGGGGCUUUCCUUUUCAAUCUUAUCUCCGCAGGAUGGUACCAUCGCCAUUCAACACCCCGGUCUGGGCUAUUUUGUGGUCAGCAUGCUGGACGGCGCUGCUGAGCUUCGUGUACCUUGCGUCCGAAACGGCCUUUUCUUCCCUUAUUUCGUGCGGAAUUUUACUGCAAUACCUCAGCUAUGCUGUUCCCCUCGUCUUGCUCCUUUGUCAUGGGCGGCCAAACUUUGCCCACGGUCCCUUCUGGCUUCCCAAGCUUGGUUAUCUUGCAAACUUCGUUACCCUGGCUUGGACCGCGGUCGCUCUUGUCGUGUACUGUUUCCCUUACUAUCUGCCCGUCAGCGCUGCGGAGAUGAACUACAUUUCUGUCAUCUUGGUCCUGAUCGGGCUUUACAUCAUUGCGUAUUGGGUGCUUUGGGGCAGCCAGGAGUUUGUUUUACCGGAAGUCGAGGAUACGUGCAAGCUCGACAUCACGGAGAUUAGAACCUGCGAACCGCAAGACCGAAACCUCUACACGCGCUUCAAACUCGAAGGCCCCAACCAAGUCCUCUGGCACGAGACACCCCAGCUAUCGGCUCCAGGCCUAUCGAUCAACCCCUCAAAGCCCCUCGAGCUGAAGGAGGCAGGCAUGCAGUACAUCCUGAAAAUCACCGGUCGCCAUGACAAGGACGACGUUGAGUUCAAAUAUGGCCUCUUGACCUGGACGACGGACUCCACGUCGGGGUUCGCCAAGUGCAGAGGUGUGACGGCUGAUGACUGGAACAAGGGGGGCAGUCACUGCCGAACUGAUUCGAGGCAGUUCCAGUGCGAGUUCGCCUGCUAA